UGCUGCUUAUACAACAUACUCUACAAUGGUGGAUCCUCAAGCUAAAGACGAAAACAUCGAAAUAUGGAAAACCAAGAAGCUUAUUAAGUCAUUAGAAGCUGCUCGUGGCAACGGUACGAGCAUGAUUUCUCUCAUUAUGCCACCGCGUGAUCAAAUAUCUCGGGUUACAAAAAUGCUUGGCGACGAAUUUGGAACCGCUUCAAACAUUAAAAGCCGAGUGAACCGUCAAUCUGUUCUUGGUGCAAUCACAUCGGCCCUACAACGCCUCAAGCUUUACAACAAAGUUCCUCCAAACGGGCUCGUGCUUUACACUGGGACCAUUGUAACUGAAGAAGGCAAGGAGAAAAAGGUCACCAUUGAUUUUGAGCCUUUUCGGCCCAUUAAUGCGUCGUUAUAUUUAUGUGAUAACAAGUUUCACACAGAGGCUUUGAGUGAGUUGUUGGAAUCUGGUGAUAAAUUCGGUUUCAUAGUUAUGGAUGGGAGUGGGACGCUGUUUGGGACGUUGAGUGGUAAUAGUCGAGAAGUUCUUCACAAAUUCGACGUUGAUCUCCCAAAGAAACAUGGAAGAGGGGGGCAAUCGGCUUUGAGAUUUGGUCGUUUGCGAAUGGAAAAAAGGCAUAACUAUUUGAGAAAGACUGCUGAGCUAGCUAAACAGUUGUAUAUCAAUCCGGUAACCAACCAGCCCAAUGUUUCAGGACUCAUACUUGCAGGGUGUGCUGACUUCAAGACUGAGCUUAGUCAAUCCAAUAUGUUUGACCCGCGUCUCCGUGGAAACAUCUUGAAUGUUGUUGAUGUUUCUUACGGGGGCGAAAGCGGGUUUAAUGAAGCAAUAAAAUUAUCUGCUGAAAUUCUUGGUGAUAAUAAGUUUACACAAGAGAAGCGCUUGAUAGGCAGCUACUUCGAAGAAAUCAGUCAAGAAACCGGGAAAUCUGUUUAUGGUGUGGACGACACAUUAAAGGCGUUAGAAAUGGGCGCGGUUGAUACACUCAUAGUUUGGGAAAAUCUUGAUAUUACGCGAUACACUUUAAAAAAUAUCGCGACAGGUGAAGUGGUUAUAAAGCAUUUAAACAAGGAACAAGAGGGUGAUCAGAAAAACUUUCGGGAUUCAAAUACAAAUGUCGUGUUAGAAGUUCAGGAAAAAACGUCGUUGCUUGAGUGGUUUGCUGACGAAUAUAGGAAUUUUGGUUGCACGCUUGAGUUUGUUACUAAUAAAUCAACCGAGGGGUCUCAGUUUUGCCGAGGUUUUGGUGGAAUAGGUGGGAUUCUUCGUUAUAAGUUGGAUAUCCGACUGUUUGAUGAGGCGUCGGAUGAUGAGGUGGCGGAUGAUGAGCUGGUUGAUGAUGAGUUGUUUGAAGAUUCUGAAUAGCAACCAGUAAUCCGCUGCACGCCGGUGCAGGCGAGUGAGGAAAAAGACCUGCACCGGGCGCGAGUUAUCCAAGAUGAUGCUGCUCCUGUAUUUUUCUAAGUUUGAAGAACUCUUUUUGAGCUAUUGGAGAAAAGAUCUAAACAUAAGAGGUGGCGAUCGUUUGUCUUUAUGUGAUGCGGAGCCUAGGUGGACUUGUUUUAGCUUUGUUACAAGUUUUUUGAAGAAGUUUCAACUUUUACUUGCUUUUGUUUAAUAUUGUUUUGCAGACGGUUAAGGUUAAUAUGUUUUGCGCAUAUUAAUAGACUUGAGUAGUUUCUAAGUUGAU